CUGGGGCGUUAGGAAUCGAUCGGGGGAAGGCAGGAGCAGCAGGAGCCGCAAUGGCUUCGCUUGUGAAGAAAAUAAUCAGCACUGCUAAGAGCCCUCAAGCGGUGGGUCCCUACAGCCAAGCAGUGCAGGUAGACCGGACAGUCUACAUAGCAGGACAGAUUGGUACAGACCCUUCCACUGGGCAGCUCAUCUCUGGAGGGACAAAGGAAGAAGCUAAGCAGGCUCUAAAAAAUAUGGGAGAAAUCCUGAAAGCUGCAGGCUGUGACUAUGGCAGUGUUGUGAAGACUACAGUUUUGAUGGCUGACAUGAAGGACUACAAUGAUAUUAAUGAUAUUUACAAAGAAUUUUUCAAGACAAACUUCCCAGCCAGAGCAGCAUAUCAGGUUGCUGCUCUGCCAAAAGGUGCCCGAGUUGAGAUUGAAGCUAUUGCAGUUCAAGGACUCCAAGAUGCUUCAGCCUGACUAUAAAUAGAGACUGACUAUACUACAACAGCAGUUUUAGAUAUAAGACUUCUCCCUUAAUCCUGUUCCUAAAACUCACAUCCCGUAUAGUUACAUUCAGUUGGAAUCACUAAACUUAGUGAGGAAGGAGGCUUUGUUCUGGAUUGUGGCCUUGGAUUCUUGAAAAUGUAAGCACACAGUGAGUUCUGUGCAGACCAACACUGAAACCUCCAGGAGUCCUCAAAUCAGCCAAGCUUGAUUGUAGGACAGGGCCCUUUUGUGAUGGUGACUGGAUAUCCAGGUAUUAAAUUCACAUUUGGGGGAUGACAUUUAGACUAUCGGUGAUGUGGACAUGAGAAUUGUAAUGAUUUAUAAUAGUAGGGUUUUAGUAGCAGCUUUAAUAAGAAAAUGUCAGAUGGAAAACCAGUAGCAGACUUUAAUUGCUUAGUCUACAUUUGGGGAAUUUUGGUAUAGUUGUUUCUGAACUGUCUUAGACUCUUUCUUUACAGAAUUGUAUUUACUGUCUGGGGUGCUCCACUUUUGAAACUUACUUUUUUUUUUUCAUAUGGAAGCAUUAAGUUCAGCAAGAAGAAAAUAAGGCUUCUGAAAUAGAGUGCUAACUUUAUAAAUCAACUGUAAAUGAAUCACUGUAACCUUUUUCAUAAUCUUUUCAUAGCAAUUCAGAUUUUACUAUCUCUUGAUUAAAAACAAUGAAAACAAUUAAAAAAAAAAAGCCUACCAAAAAUAAUCCUGUUUGAUGACAGUAAGUUGUAUUUUCAUCUGUAGAACUAUUCUGGGAACAAACUUUUCCUGGUUAAGCUUUGAUAUUCCAUUAUUAAAAAGUCCAUCUUGCUUA